AUGAAGAGCUUGCGCACGCGCGUGGACUCAUAUCGCAACGAUGAUAGACCUUGGAUCGCUUAUCCCAUGAGCUUCCUCUACACUACCUGGGCCGUCCUCGCCAGCAACUAUGUCAAUGUCCUGCUUGUCUUCGUCCCUGUUGGUAUUGUCCUCGGAGCUCUGGGCAUGAACCCUACCGCCGUUUUCGUUGUCAACUUCCUGGCUAUUGUUCCUCUUGCUGCUCUCCUGAGUUUUGCUACCGAAGAGCUCAGCGUGAAGCUGGGCCAGACAAUCGGUGGUCUCAUGAACGCAACCUUUGGAAACGCUGUCGAAUUGAUCGUCUCGAUCGUUGCUCUGCAAAAGGGCGAAAUCCGUAUUGUUCAGGCCAGUAUGCUCGGCAGUAUUCUCUCCAACAUCCUCCUCGUCCUUGGCUGCUGUUUCCUCUGUGGUGGCUGGAGACACCAGGAGCAGUCUUUCAACUCGACCGUUGCUUCGACCAUGUCCUCGUUGAUGGCAGUCGCGUCUGCUUCCUUGAUCAUCCCCGCCACUCUUUACGCCGCCCUGGCCAACUCCAAGGAGCGCACUGACGACAACAUCCUCAUUCUUUCUCACGGCACUGCUAUCAUCAUGCUUAUCCUUUACUGUCUCUACCUCUUCUUCCAGCUCAAGACUCAUGCCAACCUGUUCGAUGAGGAGCAGCAAGAUGGAGAGGAAGGCAAGGAGCCCGAGGUCCUGAAGCCUAUCCCCGCAGCCAUCGCACUCGUCAUAAUUACUGUUGCCGUUGCUGUCUGUGCCGAGUAUCUGGUAGACUCGAUUGAUGCCAUUGUUGAAGAGGCGCACAUCUCGAAGACAUUUAUUGGUCUGAUUCUCCUGCCCAUUGUCGGCAACGCCGCAGAACACGUCACAGCAUGUGUUGUUGCAUACAAGAACAAGAUGGACCUUGCAAUUGGUGUUGCCAUCGGGUCGUCGCUCCAGAUUUCUCUGUUUGUCACUCCUUUCCUUGUUCUUCUUGGUUGGGCUAUGGGACAGCCCAUGACUCUGCACUUCCAGAUGUUCGAGACUGUCGUCUUCUUUGUCAGUGUGCUCGUGGUUAACUACCUGAUUGCUGAUGGAAAGAGCAACUACCUCGAAGGGGCCAUGUGCAUUGGUACAUACAUCAUCAUUGCUCUGGCUAUGUGGGUCUACCCUGACGAUGCUGGCGACCCGAUCUCUAAGCCUAAGCUCUUCUAA